AUGAGCAAUACCUUCGACGAGCAGACACAGGGAAUGGACGUGACGAAGAUGUUCCGGGACCGGGUGAAGGGAAAAACAUUCCUAAUAUGCGGCCUCAAACGAGGCGAUCUCCCUGCAACAACCGCAGAUGCCCUGGCCCACAGCGGCGCAGGAACCAUCAUAUGCACAGGCCACUCACAGCCCGAACUCCAGCCGGUGCUGGACCACAUCAAUCGGAAACACAAAGCGGUCAAAAUGAUCUUUGUGACGGCCGAUCAGGGCAGCCUGGCUUCGUUCCGCGAGGCAGCGCAGACUAUCAAGAAGCUGGGCGUGACCAUUGAUGGUUUCGUUGGGUUUCCCGAGGUCAUGGCUGUACCCUGGGAUCUCACGGUGGACGGACACGAGUCUCAUUUCCAGAGGAAUUACCUGUGUUAUUUCCUGAUGUUGAAUCUGUUGUGUGAUAUUAUGGGGCCUGAGUUGGGGAUUGUUCUGGUUACGUCUAGUUUGCGGAAGGAGGCGCCCGCGCCUUCGUGGGAAGAUUUGGGGUUUCAGAAUGGAAAGAACUACCACUGUCUCGAUGGAUAUUCGCAAUCCAUGCUCGCGAUCAUCUUGUUCAUCAAGUGUGUUGUGAAGAAGUAUAGUAUCGCUGCCUUUUCUGCAAAACCAGGAAAUACCAAAACCAACAUCCAGACAUACGUGUCAAUGGAGGAUAUCAAGACCUGGCUCCAACGAAAGAAAGAAGCGGGUGAAGAUAUACCAGUCCUGUUACAGCAAGCACCAAAGUCUCUUGGUCAAGGUAGUGCCACCGUGUUGCGUGGAUUGCUGGAUCCAGAGCUUGAAGGUAAGAAAACCAUGAGAUUCCAAUCUGGAGCGUUUCUCGAUCAUUGCCAGACACCCCAGUUACCACAUCUCGACUUCCCAAUGGGUGAAGAAAGUGCAGAGGCGUUAUGGAGACGAAGCCAAGAAUUAGUCGAAUCGUUUAUUUCCUGA